AUGGACGCCGAGGUUCAUGACGUCGUUACCGUGAAGAGCGGAUCGAAGCCCCGAAGGCCACACAAGAAAGCAAAGACUGGCUGUCUGGACUGCAGAAGACGGCGUGUCAAGUGCACCGAGGAGCGGCCUGAAUGCCGUGCUUGUCAUCGUCGUGGAGUUGAAUGUGAAUACCCUUCAUUCCAAGGAGUAGUAUUCCCUUCACCGUCUACACAGCAUGGCGACGAAACAUCUCCCGAGUCAACUUCGUCACAGCCGCCGAAGCAGACCCAGACCCAGACGAUUGCACCUGUUCCAGGUCUGGUCUCAAAUGCAUAUCAGUCAGUUCUCGGGGUACAGCAACACGACAGACCAGCCGUGAUCUUUGGAAUGGAGGACAUGGCUCUGCUUCACCAUUGGACAGUCUCGACAAGUCUCGACGUUUACAAGAACUCUGCCAUGUCGGCUAUCUGCCAGGUCAUAUUCCCCAAGAUCGCAUUUGAGCAUCCGUUCGUGAUGCAGGCUCUCCUGGGCCUGACUGCUCUCCACAUCGCGUACCUUGAGCCCCAGCAGAGGCUGAGAUAUACUGCAGAAGCAGCGCGUUACCAUAGCAAAGGUCUGCAGGGUUUCAACGAAGCCAUAUCGCAGUCGAAUGAGGAGACGGCUGAGGGGUUGUUUGUUUGGUCGUCGCUCAACCUUCUGUACGUGUUUGCGGCAUCAGGUCGACUGGGAGAGGGGUUCUGGGACGAGUCUAGCUGGGGUGGUCGCAAAGAUCGUAUCUUGGGGGCGGGAUGGAUCCCCAUGCUCCGAGGUAUCCAGACAGUCAUGAUGCCUUAUUUCGAAGUCCUAUCGGCGGGUCAGUUAAAAGAGGCCAUGAAUAUUGGCAAUUGGGACGACGUCGAUCCCAACUUGGUCGAGAAUAUUGACGACAAGCGAUUCUGUCGCUUGAGGGAAAUCUGGGAGCAUAAUCCAGAUGCGUCAACUUAUGAAGACAUUCUGGGUAGUGAAUGA